GAGCAGGAGCUGGAGGAGCCAAUGAGCAUGGACUAUCCAGCAGCAGCACAUGAGGAGGCAUCAGUGGACUCAUGGAAGACGCUGUAUAACAGCAGACACAAGCGUGGCAUCAAGUGUCGCUUUUGCUGUGGCUGCUGCACCCCCGGUAUCUGUGGAGUUUGCUGCAGGUUCUGA